UUCUCGCUGUAAAUCUUUCUUCUGCAAUUUGCUUCGUGAUCUUCCUCAUCAUCAUGUUCAGCUUAGGCCAUCUUCCUUUCAUGUCUUCUCUCCCAACGAAUGCUUGCCUAACAACUAAGCAAAGGCCUUCCGUCGUCAUUCUCCCUCUCCCAUCGUCCACUACACCACACCAGCUGCCUUCAUGCGCCAUGUCCAAAUCUUUCUUCCCAGUCAAAAGCUCAGAACCGACUUCCACGGUGAGCAUGGUUGAUGCCGGAAAGUGGCCGUCGGGAUCGAAAAGAGCUUCGGUGGCGACGAGGGCUGCACCUUUGACGCAGAACGAGAGCGCUUUGGCUGAAGAAGCGGAUGGCUGUGGUCUUGGAAUUGUGUCCUUCCUCAGAAAUAAGAACAUGCUUAUCACAGGGACGACCGGAUUUCUUGGAAAACUGCUUAUAGAGAAGAUACUCCGGAGUCAGCCUGACGUUGGCAAGCUUUUUCUUCUAAUUCAAGGUCCAAACCACGAGGCUGUGAUUGAAAGACUAAAAAAGGAAAUAAUCAAUGCUAAACUCUUCAAGUGUUUGAAGCGAAUCCACGGGAGUUCUUACGAAGCUUUUAUGCUGAGCAAGCUGAUCCCGGUAGCUGGACAUCUCGAAGAGGACUCAUUGGGAAUGGAGGAAAAGAUCGAAAAGGUUAUUGAAGACCAAGUUCACCUAAUUAUAAGUUGCGCUGCAAACACAAGGUUUGAUGAAAGGUAUGAUGUUGCUAUGAGUACAAACACAAAUGGCAUGUCCAGGCUUGUAAAGCUCGCAAGAAGAUGCAGGAAACUUCAGGUCUUCCUGCAUGUCUCCACAGCUUAUGUACAUGGAGCGAGAAUUGGACUGAUAAAGGAAAGGCCGUUCAUAUUUGGGGAUAGCUUAGCACGGGAGGAAGCCAUGGCAACACAAUCUGAAGAAACUCCACCCAUCUUGGAUAUUCGAGAAGAAGUCAAGAUGAUAGACGACACUCUGAAAGGGUUAGAAGAAAGCAUGGCAACUCCAAGAAUGAAAGAUUUGGGCCUCAAAAGGGCAAAUGUCCAUGGUUGGGAUAAUGUUUAUUCCUUCACAAAAGCAAUGGGAGAGAUGGUGAUCGGAACCAUGUCCAACGACAUCCCAACAAUAAUUGUUCGGCCCAGCAUUGUUGGAAGCACAAUCCAAGACCCAUUCCCAGGGUGGAUUCAAGGACUCAGGAUGCUAGACCCGAUUAUGGUCUACUACGGGAAAGGCCGACUGAACUUCUUCACGGCAGGAGGAGAAACGAUUGCUGACUUGGUGCCUGCAGACAUGGUCGUAAACGCAAUCUUGGCUGCAAUAGCAAGGCAUGGAUCGUCAGGUGUUGCAGGGCUGAACAUUUAUCACACCGGAACAAGUUCCAUAAACCCCUUACGAUGGGAUGAGCUGUUUGAACACUGUUAUGAGCACUAUCACUCCUUUCCUUUCAUUGAUUCACAAGGAAAAGCGGUUCGAGUGGAGAGGGUGAAGCUCUUCGACACACUGGCAGCCAUAUCUUCACAUUUGUCAGCUGAGAGGAAUGGUAGCUCAAAAGAAGUGAAGGGCACGAACAUGAUGUUAAAAAAGUUAUCGAUGGCAUACGCGCCACCGGCUUCAUGCACCUUCAAUUCUUUGCCGCUCAAAAUCACGCAACCAGCUCCGCUCGUGAGAAUGGUGGACCGAAAGUGCACAUCUCAAUCGAAAAGAGAUUUGGUCGUCACAAGGGCAGGAAUAUUGACGACGCCGAAGGAUAGGGAGGUGGCUGAAGAAGACGAAGAGGACGAAUGUGGUCUAGGGAUCGAGGAGUUCCUCCGAGAUAAGAACAUGCUUAUCACAGGAACAACCGGCUUUGUUGGAAAACUGCUCAUAGAGAAGAUCCUCCGGAGUCAGCCUGACGUGGGCAAGCUUUUCCUUCUCAUUCAAGGGCCAAACCAAGAGGCUGUGAACAAAAGAUUAAGACACGAAAUAAUCAACUCCGAACUCUUCAAGCGUUUGAAGGGUGUACACGGGAGUUCUUACGCACCUUUUAUGCUAAGCAAGCUGGUCCCAGUAAUUGGACAUCUUCAAGAGGACUCUUUGGGAAUGGAGGAAAAAGUGCAGAAGUAUCUUGCAGACAAUGUCGACGUAAUUGUAAGUUGCGCUGCGAACACCAAGUUCGACGAAAGGUACGAUGUUGCUCUGAAUACAAACACCAAUGGGGGGUCGAGGCUGGUAAAGCUUGCAAGAGGAUGCAGGAAACUUCAGGUCUUCUUGCACGUCUCCACAGCUUUUGAAAUCCCACCCAUCUUGGAUAUUGGUGGCGAAACCAAGAUAAUAAACGACACUCUGGAAGGACGGGUGGAAAACACGGCAUCUCUAACUCCAAGAAUGAAAGAGUUGGGUCUCGAAAGGGCAAAGAUCCACGGUUGGCCAAAUGUUUAUUCUUUCACAAAAGCGAUGGGUGAGAUGGUGAUCGGUACCAUCUCAAGCGACCUCCCAACAGUCAUUGUUCGGCCUACCAUCAUUGGAAGCACAAUCCAAGACCCAUUCCCGGGGUGGAUUCAAGGACUCAGGAUGCUAGACCCGAUUAUGGUCUACUACGGGAAAGGCCGACUGAACUUCUUCACGGCAGGAGGAGAAACGAUUGCUGACUUGGUGCCUGCAGACAUGGUCGUAAACGCAAUCUUGGCUGCAAUAGCAAGGCAUGGAUCGUCAGGUGUUGCAGGGCUGAACAUUUAUCACACCGGAACAAGUUCCAUAAACCCCUUACGAUGGGAUGAGCUGUUUGAACACUGUUAUGAGCACUAUCACUCCUUUCCUUUCAUUGAUUCACAAGGAAAAGCGGUUCGAGUGGAGAGGGUGAAGCUCUUCGACACACUGGCAGCCAUAUCUUCACAUUUGUCAGCUGAGAGGAAUGGUAGCUCAAAAGAAGUGAAGGGCACGAACAUGAUGUUAAAAAAGUUAUCGAUGGCAUACGCGCCAUAGACAAGUUACAAAGGAAGGUUUGAUAUCGCCAAUGACAAAAAAUUGAUGAAGGAAAUGUCUCGAGAGGAGAUAAUGAACUUCACAUUUGAUGUGGCAGCGAUCGAAUGGAGGGAUUACAUUGUCAACGAGCACCUUCAUGGCCUUCGGAAGCAUGUCAUUCGUGGCUAUGCUUGAGCGAAA